GCCAACGUACCUACCCAAGAUCGCGCGAUUAGUUGAUAUCUUGGCCGGCGCCGGCGCCGGCAGGCCGCAAUGGAGGACGGUCGGGCCGCGGCUGUGCGGAUGAUGCACCACCGGCUGGUGGCGACGGGCAAAUCGCAUGAGCCGCUCUCCUCCUUCCGCCAUCACUUUGAUCGCCUUCCGCGGAGCUACUUGCACACCCGCUGUGUGGGGUCGCCGGAAGACGUGCUGCUCGACCAGAGGCUCCUCGCCGACGCCAAAGCAAAGAAGCGCCUCGUCGCCCACGCCCGCCUCGUGCACCGUGUUCAGGUCCACUACGACGAUGACGGCGGCGGCGAUCCGCCAGCGGCUCAGCCACGGCUGCCGGAGUUGAGAUCAAGUGGAAGUACAAUGCAAGAUGAAAUAUUUAUCCAUGAGAUCAUUUUUGCUUCUUACGACAAACCAAAGCUUCUUAGCAAGUUGUCUCUAUUGAUGUAUGGGGUUGGAUUUCAUGUUCAUGAAGCUCAUAUCUUCACCACAACUGAUGGAUUUUGUUUGAGCAUUUUUAAUGUUGAUGGUUGGCCUCAAGAGGAUGUUAAAGGUAUGCUCGAGGCAAUAAAAGAUGAAAUGAUACGUGAAAAUAUGUAUAUAUAAUAAGCCAUGCGGAUUGAAGAAUGCACAUGUUGAAGUUGAAGAUAAAUUUGAUAUCCUAUUAGCCCUGUGGAGGCUUAUAAGUGUGUAUGGUGAUGUCAUUGUGUGACUCUGUGUGUGGUGUGAGCGUAUUGUGUGCCCACUAACACCGAUUGAAUAAUUGUAGUGGUAUAUGUAAAAUACCAAUUAUAGUCUCAUACGAUUGAGAUCUAUUUGAAGUUGUUCACAGUGAUUGAA